AUGGGAUCGUUGGCUGCGAGAGAAGGCGAGAGGUCUCGGGGAGAUUUUGAAGUGAGAGAAAAAAAAAGCGUUUGGAGAAAAGAUAGAUGGGUUUUGGUGAAUUAG